AUGGCUUCAAAACUUUCAACACUCGCUAAAAAUUUGGUAACUCCUGACUUUUCUAAAUUCCGUGAGACGGGGAAGCAUUUUGCCACCAGUGAUAUGAACCUUGUAACCUGUAAGGGUGUAUACCCUUACGAGUAUACGGACGAGUGGAGUAAACUCGAUGAAAAUGCGUUACCGGAUAAAGCUGAAUUUUACACUGAAUUUUACAGUAUCCUGACCGAGUCAGCAAUUAAAGAUGAAGAGUACGAGCACGCGAUGAAAGUAUGGAAACAUUUUGGAUGUAAAGCGAUUGGUGAAUAUUCAGAUUUGUAUUUAAAAAUUAAUGUAUUGCUGCUGGCCGAUAUUUUUGAAAAUGUCCGUGAUGUGUGUAUGAAGACUUACAACUUAGAUCCUGCAUACUAUUACACCACUCCAGGGUUUAAAUUUGAUGGUAUGCUUAAAUUCACGGCAAUAAAACUAGAAUUACUGUCAGAUUAUGAAAUGCUUCUCAUGUUUGAAGACGGUAUUCGAGGUGGGCUCACACAAACAUGCGGUAUGCAAAAUCAAACAAUGAAAAAACACCAGAUUACAACCCGGCAGAUCCAAAAUCAUGGCUUGCAUCAAUCUUUACGGCUGGGUAAUGUCUCAGUUUAUGCCCUACGGAGAUUUCAAGACAAGUGGGUUAAACCAUCACUCGACGGAUUAUACGAUUUGACUGAGGAUUCGCCCAUAGGACGGGUUUACGAGGUUCACUUUGUUUAUCCAAAAAAAUUACAUGAUAAACAUAACGACUUGCAAAUCCUACCACAAAACAGCAUACCACCAAGUUCAAAAGUACGCAAACUCAUGGCUACAUUUGAGCUUAAGAAAAAUUAUGUUGUUCACUAUCGAAACCUCCAGCAAGCCAUAAACAAUGGUCUCGUAGUUGAAAAGGUGCAUAGAGUUAUUCAAUUCAAGCAAUCACCUUGGCUUGCCCAGUAUAUUGAAUUAAACACUAAUAUGAGGGAAAAGGCGGAAAAUGAAUUUGAGCGGGAUUUCUUCAAAUUGAUGAAUAAUGCUGUAUUCGGUUUUUCAGUAUUGGACAUAAGUAAAACACUGAUGUACAACUGUCAUUAUAACGUAAUGAAAAGACACUAUGGAGAUGAUAUUAAGCUAAUGUACACCGAUACGGAUUCACUGGUGUACCAUAUUAUUACGGAUGACUUUUACCAGGACUUGGCAAAUAACGCAAACUUGCUAGACAAGAUGGAUACAUCUGACCUACCGAAAGACCAUUCGUGCUACAUUCCCUACCGUAAGAAGAUACCAGGUCUAUUUUCUGACGAGACCAAGGGUGAUAUAAUGACUGAGUUUUGCGCGCUGCGAGCAGUCAUAUUCAUACAUUUUGGCUGGGAAGGAAACAAUCAAAGCGAAGGGGAUUAG